AUGGCCUCGGCGCUGAGCUACGUCUCCAAGUUCAAGUCCUUCGCGAUCUUGUUCAUCACCCCGCUGCUGCUGCUGCCGCUCGUCAUUCUGAUGCCCGCCAAGUUCGUCAGGUGCGCCUAUGUCAUCACCCUCAUGGCUGUCUACUGGUGUACCGAGGUCAUCCCUCUCGCCGUCACCUCCCUCAUGCCCGCCUUGCUCUUCCCGCUCUUAAAGAUUCUGGACUCCAAGCAGGUGUGUGUCCAGUACAUGAAGGACACAAACAUGCUGUUUCUGGGUGGCCUCAUCAUGGCGGUGGCCGUGGAGCGCUGGAAUCUGCACAAGAGGAUAGCCCUGCGCACGCUCCUCUGGGUGGGGGCCAAGCCUGCACAGCUGAUGCUGGGCUUUAUGGGCGUCACUGCCUUCCUGUCCAUGUGGAUCAGCAACACUGCCACCACGGCCAUGAUGGUGCCCAUCGUGGAGGCCAUGCUGCAGCAGAUGGAAGCCACCGGCACAGCCACCGAGGCCAGCCCGGGGGGCCUGGAGCUGGCAGACAAGGGCAAGGCCGGCGAGCUGCCUGGGAGCCAAGCGACCUUUGAAGGCCCCCCCGAGGGGCGGCCAGCUGACCAGGACAGGAGGAGCAUGUGCAAGGCCAUGACUCUGUGCGUGUGUUACGCAGCCAGCAUCGGGGGCACCGCCACGCUGACGGGGACGGGACCCAACGUGGUGCUUCUGGGCCAGAUGCAUGAGUUGUUUCCCGCCAGCAAAGACCUGGUGAACUUCGCCUCUUGGUUUGGGUUCGCCUUCCCCAACAUGCUGGUGAUGCUGCUGCUGGCUUGGCUGUGGCUCCAGUGUGUGUACCUGAGGUUCAGUUUUAGGAAGUCCUGGGGCUGUGGGCUGGAGAGCAGGGAUCACGAGAAGGCUGCCUACCAGGUGCUGCAGGAGGAGUACAGGAAGCUGGGGCCCUUCUCGUUUGCCGAGGCCAACGUCCUGCUCUGCUUCCUCCUGCUGGUCGGCCUGUGGUUCUCCCGGGACCCCGGCUUCAUGCCCGGCUGGGUGUCGCUGGCCUGGGAGGAGGGCGAGACAAAGUACGUGUCUGAUGCCACCGUGGCCACCUUCGUGGCCACCUUGCUGUUUGUCAUGCCUUCGCAGAGGCCCCAGUUCAACUUCCGCGGCCAGACCGAGGAGGAAAGGAAAACUCCAUUUUAUCCCCCUGCACUGCUGACCUGGAAGGUGACCCAGGAGAAAGUGCCCUGGGGCAUCGUGUUGUUGCUGGGGGGCGGCUUUGCGCUGGCCAAAGGAUGUGAGGCCUCGGGGUUGUCCGAAUGGAUGGGGAAGCAGAUGGAGCCCUUGCACUCUGUGCCCCCUGCAGCCAUUACCUUGAUCCUGUCUCUGCUGGUUGCCGUGUUCACUGAGUGCACAAGCAACGUGGCCACCACCACGCUGUUCCUGCCCAUCUUUGCCUCCAUGUCACGCUCCAUCGGCCUCAACCCGCUGUACGUCAUGCUCCCCUGCACACUGAGUGCGUCCUUUGCUUUCAUGUUGCCUGUGGCCACCCCACCUAACGCCAUCGUGUUUGCCUACGGACACCUCAAGGUUUCUGACAUGGUGAAAACAGGACUCAUGAUGAACAUAAUUGGAGUCUUCUGUGUGUUUCUGGCGGUCAACACCUGGGGACGGGUCAUAUUUGACUUGGAUCAUUUCCCUGACUGGGCUAACGUGACGAAUAUCGAGACUUAGGGACAGCCGCACAC